AUGGGUGCCGCCGCUUCGUCUUCGUCUGGUGUUCCUGCUGCUCGCGCAGGCCGUCGCCUGCCAACUCCACCUCCUCAGCCUCCCUCUGCUCCAUCGGAGUACACUCUUCGCGCCCUUGAGUGGCAGCAAAAGUUCAUCACCUUUGCCCAAAGGGCAUACACACUCGCCGCCCUCGAGGGCAGAACCCGCGAGGGUCAACUACCCCCGUAA